AUGAUCCUCUCCGGAGCAGGCAGCAAUCCCGCCUUCGGCCGCGACCCCGGCCCGCCUCCCCCCUUCGGCCCCCUGACCGGCGCUCCCCCGCCCCCUGACUUGGGCGGCCCCCCUCCCGGCACCAUCAUGACCGUCCAACCGCCUUACUACACCAUGCCCGGCAUCCCCGGCAUGCCACACAUCCCCGGCAUGCCCAUGCCCCACAUCCCCGGCAUGCCCGGCCUCCCCGGCCUCCCACCGCACCUGUUCCCCUACUACCACCCCUUCUACCCGGCGCCCCCACCCCCCUACACGGCCGCCCCCGCGGGCAGCGAUUCAGGACUCAGGAGACCGCAGAAGUCCGUUGGGGAAUUCGUGCUCCACUGUUGCCAAGGAUGGAAGGAGCCCAAGCGCAAUCAAUGCAGAGGUCCUGGGAAUGUGGAGAUCGGCGGCCACACCUUUGGUCGGAAACUAUCCGAUUUUUCGGGCUCCUUCCGACCAUCGCAGACCGUCGAAACCGAGUCCGACGUGCCAGAGCAUGUGCACCAUAGGCCUGCCAAUAUUGGCAUUCCCCCUUCGCCCAAGCGACAAACCUGGCUCGAUUCCGACUUUGGCUUCGGCGCCAUCCCGAAAAUGGCUUCUGAACGCCGCAACGACCGCGGUGACCGCCAGCGUCGGAAGAUUCCGUUGGCUUUUGUGGGCAUUCUGGGCUCCGCUAAUACCCCGGUUGUCAGUUACAUCAAGGUUCUGCACGACCGGAUUCGGUUGUUAGAGAAAACAUGUACCGACCACGGCGUCCCCAUUCCACCCUUCGAGUCAGGAGACCCCGGAGAUGGAGCUGUGCCGCCGAACCGUACUCCCGUGUCUCCACCUCUCCCCGGGCAGCAACAACGGAGUGAACCCGGCCUCCCGGUCCGGAGCCCGGCUCAUGGCCUCCGGGAGCAUGCUUCUUCCCCGGCACUGCGCCCUCCAAUCCCGGUCACCUCUCCUGACCAUGACCGGUUAGAUGCAACCGAGUCAACAGCUAGCGUCACUGCUAUGGGCACUGUUACCACUGAAGAUGAUGUGUGUGAGACGUUCAAUGGCGCCAAUGAGUUUUACGGUAGCUCUUCUGCCGCCAGUUUCAUGAAAGAGGCGUACACAUCGGUCAAACCACACCAGACGCGCUAUCCAGGGACCAACGCGACGAGGGGUCAAGCCUACUCCAUGAACUUUGCAAGGCCAGAGCCAUUGUGUACCACCCAGUUCGCGCAAGCGGACAAGUUCGCCUUGCCGCCGCGGAAUCUCGCCGACCACCUCCUGAACCGUUUCUGGGAAAGGAUAUAUUGGCUACACCCCCUUUUUGACAAGGACACAUUUAUGCGGGCUUAUGAAACAUUAUGGCAGCCCGCCCACCAGCAACCGGCCAUGGCGGCACUACCCGGAUUGGGACUCGGAAGCACACCAGGUGCAGAUGCAGGGACCAUCGUCUUCCACUGCGCUCUGAAUACCAUUUUUGCCCUUGGCGCCCAAUUCUCCGACCUUAGUCUCAAAGACAAGGCCUCGGCAAUCGAGACCUUCUUUAACAGAGCCAAGGCCUUUGUCGGUCUAGACUUCAUCGAUAUGAACAAUGUCGGUGUCGUUCAAUCGCUGUUGCUGAUGGCGCUGCUGCUUCAAAGCACGCCGUUUCCUAACCGAUGCUGGAAUGCCGUAGGCCUAGCGUGCCGUGUUGCUCAGGGCCUUGGUUUGCACACCGACUCUGACAAAACCAAUCGGCCUCAGUUGGAAACUGAAAUCAGACGGCGAACAUGGCACGGCUGUGUGAUUUUAGAUAUGAUCGUCAGCAUGACCUACGGACGACCUACCAUGACGGCCCACCUGCCUGACCUUCCCGUGCCUUCAACUGCCGGAUUUGCGGAAUCACUAAGGCCUCCUCAACCGCAAGCUGGGGGCGGAGAGAUCCCAUCCAAGUUGUCCUAUUACGUGGAGUACAUUAAGCAAUGUCGGAUCCUGGGCGAGAUCCUCUCCAAUGUCUACCAACCCUCUGCCGGGGCACCAGCCAGUGGCCCACAGCCGUGGCCUGACCAAAAGCCGCACGGAAUGGACGCCAUACUAGAGCUAGACGCAAAGCUCUCGAGGUACGAGGCAGCCCUGCCUCCAAUCAUGUCUUGGAUGUCUCCUUGUGAUAUUAGCAACCUCGAUGAGGAUCGCAGAUCCGUCAUCACUGCACAGAGAACGGUACUUCGGGGAAGGCAAGCACCACGACUUCCUCCCUUCUCCGGUCAUACUAACAUUCCCCAGCUUCCUCUACCUACGACUCAUGCUCCACCGCCCGAUUCUCACGCAACUUUGCGCAGAGGCUGGAGCGAACCCUUCAGCAGAGCCGAACUCGCCAACGCGGCCAGGGGCCGUAUCAGCUGGUCAAGAAUUGUUCACGUCAUUCGCGGCGGGCCUCCCACCCUGUCCGCCGCAACGGCGUAUGGGGAAACUCCUGGCCCGGGACAACAAGCGGCCGCCAUGCAGCCCGACGACGCGCCCCUGGAUCUGGGCAACAAUUUCCAAUGGACGUCGCCUGCUGGCAACGCGGAAAUGUUUGGGGCGGGAUUGGUCUUUAACUGGGACCAGUCGCUCGACAUGCUCUCGGGCGGCUUGGGGAUGGAUAUUUAUCAGUAG